CAGCAGACACCAACACCAGACGUCACCAUGGCAACAGGGAAAACAAAAGGCUCAGUGAAAUACAAGAACAUCAUCUCUAAGAGUCUUCUUGUCCGUUCAGGAUCUCCUGCUGUCUACCAGCUGACACCAAAGAAAGAGGAGAUUGGAUCUCUAAGAAGAAUGACUCUUGGUGAAAAAGAUCUGAACCAGACAAACAGAACCAUCUUACUUGUUGGAGAAACAGGAGCAGGAAAAUCUACUCUGAUCAACACUCUGGUCAACUACACCAUGGGAGUGAAGUGGAAAGAUGAUGUCUGGUUUCAAAUUGUAGAGGAGGAGAAGAGAAACCAAUCAGAGAGUCAGACAUCAGAUGUGAUCGUGUACCAGAUCUUUGAAUUUGAAGGUAAAACUCUGCCCUACUCUCUGACCAUCAUCGACACUCCUGGAUACGGAGAUACCAGAGGGAUUGAACAUGAUGCUGCAGUCAGUCAAAGAUUAUUAGACUGGUUCCGCUCAGCAGAUGGAGUUCAUGAGAUUAAUGCAGUGGGUCUGGUGCUGAAAGCAGCUGAGAAUCGACUGAGUGAUCGACUGAUGUACAUCUUUGAUUCAGUGGUGUCUCUGUUUGGAAAAGACAUGGAGCAGAACAUCGUCGCCCUCUUCACACACUCAGAUGGUCUGACACCUGAAAACGCUCUGAAAGCUCUCGAGGCUGCAAACAUUAAAUGUGCCAAAGACGAGGACGAUGAUCUUCUUCAUUUUAUGUUCAAUAACCAUCAGACCAGAGAGAAAACAAAGAAAACUAAAGCUGCUUUAAAAAGUGCAUGGGAUGUGACAACAGAUGGAAUCAGUCAGUUCAAAGACUUUCUGGAAAAAACGAAACCACAAAAGAUAAAUACAACCAGGGAUGACGUGAAUGAGCGAAUCAGACUGACAGCCUGCAUCCAAAACCUGACAGAGAGGAUUCAGUUAACUGAACUAAAACAGAGAGAAAUCCAACAGACCCAGGAAGCUCUGAAGAAACAUGAAGAAGAGAUGAAGAAAGAUGAGAAGUUCACUGUAGAAGUUGAUGAGGCCUACAAAGAGAAACUAACUAUCAGUGCUGGUGGGUUGUUGUUCUAUAAAGGAGCUGUCUGCUGUACAGUCUGUGAGGAGAACUGUCACUAUCCUGGAUGCACACUGGCCUGGUAUCCAAAACACUGUGAGGUCAUGAAAGAUGGCCGCUGCACUUCAUGUACCAGGAAGUGUCCUGUGUCAGAUCAUGUGAAAGAAGACUGGAUCUAUGUGACCAAGACAAGAAGAGUUAAAAAGACCCUACAGGAUGUAAAAGAGAAGUAUGAAAAGGAGAAAUCAGAGUGUGACGAGAAAACAAGUCUUUUGGAAAAUCUACAGGAGGAAAUGAAAGAACUUGAGAAAGAGAAAGAUCAGAUGUUGGAUGAAUCCUUCCAUCAUGUUGUCAAUCUGCAGCAGAUCGCUCUGAAAGUUGAUUCACUGUCCACUCUGGUCCACUUGGACUUCCUGAUUGAGAAGAUGAAGGAGAAAAGAGACACAGAGAAGAUCCAGAAACUGGAAGAGAUGAAGAGACGAGUGGAGGAAGAUAAACAAUUUAAAGCAGCGCUGCAGUACUGUUCUAAUAAACUAACAUCAGCUGCCAGAGAAGUUUCAGGAUCAAUAAUGAAGAAAACAAAAGGCUCAGUGAAAUACGAGGACAUCAUCUCUAAGAGUCGUCUUGUCCCUUCAGGAUCUCCUGCUGUCUACCAGCUGAGACCAAAGAAAGAGGAGAUUGGAUCUCUAAGAAGAAUGACUCUUGGUGAAAAAGAUGUGAACCAGACAAACAGAACCAUCUUACUUGUUGGAGAAACAGGAACAGGAAAAUCUGCUCUGAUCAACACUCUGGUCAACUACACCAUGGGAGUGAAGUGGGAGGAUGAUGUUUGGUUUCAGAUUGUAGAGGACGAGAAGAGAAACCAAACAGAGAGUCAGACAUCAGAUGUGUUUGUGUACCAGAUCUUUGGAUGUGAAGGUAAAACUCUGCCCUACUCUCUGACCAUCAUCGACACUCCUGGAUACGGAGAUACCAGAGGGACUGAACAUGAUGCUGCAGUCAGUGAGAGAUUAUUAGACUGGUUCCGCUCAGAUGAUGGAGUUCAUGAGAUUAAUGCAGUGGGUCUGGUGCUGAAAGCAGCUGAGAAUCGACUGGAUGAUCGACUGAUGUACAUCUUUGAUUCAGUGGUGUCUCUGUUUGGAAAAAACAUGGAGCAGAACAUCGUCGCCCUCAUCACACACUCAAGUGGUACAACACAUAAAAACGCUCUGAAAGCUCUCGAGGCUGCAAACAUUAAAUGUGCCAAAGAUGAAAAGAAUCAGCUGGUUCACUUCCUGUUUGAUAACUGCCAGCAUGAAGACAGGACAGAGGACACAGAUAAGCUUCAGCAAGCAUUUACAGAAACAACUGGAGGACUGAAGAAGUUCACAGACUUUCUGGAAAAAACUAAACCACAAAAGCUGAAAACAACUGUGGAGGUUCUGAAUUCACGAAUCAGACUGACAGCCUGCAUCCAAAACCUGACAGAGAGGAUUCAGUUAACUGAACUGAAACAGAGAGAAAUCCAACAGACCCAGGAAGCUCUGAAGAAACAUGAAGAAGAGAUGAAGAAUAAUGAGAAGUUCACUAUAGAAGUUGAUGAAGUCUACAAAGAGAAAGAAACUAUCAGUGCUGGGAGGAGGUGGUGGGCGUUGUGGUUAAAUUAUGGAGGAGCUGUCUGCUGUACAGUCUGUGAGGAGAACUGUCACCAUCCUGGAUGCACACUGGCCUGGUAUCCAAAACACUGUGAGGUCAUGAAAGAUGGCCGCUGCACUUCAUGUACCAGGAAGUGUCCUGUGUCAGAUCAUGUGAAAGAAAACUGGAUCUAUGUGACCGAGACAAGAAGAGUUAAAAAGAACCUACAAGAUGUGAAGAAGAAGUAUGAAAAGGAGAAAUCAGAGUGUGACAAGAAAACAAGCCUUCUGGAAAAACUACAGAAGGAAAUGAAAGAACUUGAGAAAGAUAAAGAUCAGAUGUUGGAUGAAUCCUUCCAGCAUGUUGUCAAUCUGGAGCAGAUCGCUCUGAAAGUUGAUUCACUGUCCACUCAUGUCCACUUGGACUUCCUGAUUGAGAAGAUGGAGAAGAAAAGAGACACAGAGAAGAUCCAGAAACUGGAGGAGAUGAAGAGUCGAGUGGAUGAAAGAACCAGAGCAGCGAUGCGAUACAGAGAAAUAGUGACUGCUAAAGAAGUAAUGUGAGUGGAGAACAUGACAGAGAGCAGAC